AUGGGAGUGAGUUCACAGUUAUCAAUCAAUCUGCUAUUAUCGCAUUCGUUUAGGAAGGACAAACCCGCCUUGAAUCUGCCGCAGAAGCGGAAGUCAAUGAAGAGCAAGUGCGAGCUGAGCGGCUGAGACAUGCGCAAGCCAUUCAGAGACAGGAAGAGGCUUUCAAGGCGGACUUGGCGAAACGAGCAGAACGCAGAAGGAUUGAAUUGGAGAGAAGCGAGCAGGAAGACAAACGGGCCGAUGAGCAGAAGGCGGUAAGUGCGGGAGGGAGACAGCAGGUCGGAAAUGCAAAGGCAGAAGUCGGGCAAUCUCGCUGUACCGCACUACAUGUGAAUUCAGUGCUAGGGUUUUUACGUGGAUUUGUGGUAGUUAUCAAUCAAAACGACAUUCUGCAACAGGGAUAGACUUGGCUUAACAAUAUCUCAUGGUCCCUUACAAUGCACAGUAUUUCAGGCGAUGAUGGAAAGAGCUCGCGAAAGCAGAAACGCCGAGCAAGCAAGAGAGGAGAAGAUGAGAGCGGAGAACGAAGAGAGAUUGAAAAAAACGGUGGAAGAGGGAGACGCGGCACAGGACAAACAGAGGGCUCAGAAUCAGGACGACAUCAGGCGAAGGACCACGGACCAUCAGAACGUGAUGAACAAGACGGCGAAUCAGAUUGCCGAGACCGAGAAGAAAGCGCAAGAACGAAUUGUUGAUAUAGGCAAACAAGUUGGUUCUUUCGUCCGUUCUAGAAAAAAUGCUUAAAGUUUUACAGACAAUGGAGGCCAAAAAUCAAUUGUACAAGGAGAAGGAAGGAUACGGGGAGAAGAAGCGGUCGGAAGUGACGGAACAUCAUCAAAAGAUGGAGAAGCUGGAAGGGAAGAAGUUUGAGAUACUAACCGAAAAAGAAGAAAAUCGACUGGAACACGAGAAAAAAAUAUAUGCAAUGCAGGAGACGUAUGGCGCACGAACCCACUCUAUCAAACUAGCUGGAGAGCAGGACAGAAAGGAAAGUCAUUUUGCGGACGCUGUCCAACAUUUGAGAAUGACCGAUCUGUCCAGCUCGGUUUCCAAUUUUGGGGCGAUACAAAUGAUGAUCAACUGCAAUCUUCCAGUUCCGGUGAAAGUCAUCAACAGCUGCAAGGUAACUUUUCCUUCUUUUUCCCAGCUAACAGUCAACAAAUUUUUGCAGAGCAGUUGUGAUCAGGCGAUAAGAACAAUUGGCGUGUUGACAGACAAUUGCAAUGCAAUCCUUAAUGUUAAAGAGAGUAAUAAUCAGGACACUGUGAAAUGCCAGAAAAUUGCUCGCAAUGUCUUACCACUAGCUGACGAAAUCAAAGAGUCACUUGACAGUCUGUGCAGUUGUCUGGAGUGUCUGGAGUCUUUGUCGACGGAUGAAGAGAGAUCCCGAACGGCCAUACUCGAACUGGUCAACAAAGUACAGGCCAAAAAAAAGGAAAUCUUCGAGCAAGUGAACAGUCUGCCUUGUGUCAAGAGAAAAGACUACGUGACCACGGAGAUCACGCAAAGUAUCAAGUCGAUCGCCGGAAGUAGCAGGCUGAUUGAGGGACCGUCGACCGGAGGACCGCAGUCUAUUUCAGGACAAUGGCAAUGA